AUGGCUAGAGAAUCUAGAACUCCUUCAGCUACCAAAGUCACUGAAAGUGAAAUAACCAUGACCUCAAAUCACCCAUAUCACCUUCAUCCUUCAGAUUCACCCGGGAUGAACCUCAUCAAUGUUGUGUUUGAUGGAAAGGGUUUCCCAGGAUGGAGAAGGUCAGCCCUAAUAGCCCUUUCUGCAAAGAAAAAGUUAGGGUUUAUUAAUGGAACAUGUAAAGAACUAGAUCUGGAAUCAACUGAGUACCCAAAGUGGUAUUGUUGCAAUAAUAUGGUCACUGCUUGGUUACUCAAUUCCUUGUCAAAAGAUAUCAAGGACAGUGUCAUUUAUUCAAGAACAACCAAAGAACUUUGGGAUAGUUUGAAGAGUAGAUUUGGUAAAUCAAAUGGAGCAAAAUUAUUUCAUCUAAAGAAAGAAUUGAGUGUCUUGGUACAAGGAAAUUCAGACAUUUCAGGAAAGGCAAAAAUAGCUAAAUCUAUGAUGGAUCAAAGGUUGAUUAAAUUUUUGAUGGGUUUAAAUGAUGUGUAUAGUCAUGCUAGGGCUAACAUUUUAAUGAUAAACCCUCUACCCAACAUGGACUAUGCUUAUUCUCUGUUGUUACAAGAUGAGAGCCAGAGGGAGAUUUUUGCAAAUGCUAAUAUGUUCUCAGAUUCAUCAUCUUUUAUGGUAACAAAUCAAGGAAGGAGCAAUUACAAACUGGGAACUCAUCUUUCAGAACUGGAAAUUAUCCUCCUAACUUGCAAAGAUCUGGAAAUUUUUCUCAAAAAUUUGGGAACAUUCAGCAGAGGGUAA